GGGACUCGGCCCUAGUCUUGAAGCCGAAAACAAGAUGGCGGCUACAACGUGUCGACUUCGAACGCUUUUACAAUCGACAAUCUUACUAAAAAAAUCUACAAAUUCCUUCCUAAAAAAUACAUCGAAGGCAAUCAGUAGUCCUGGAUUAUACAGAUGCCGUUCAACGUUCACGUUUGUCCCCGAGAAAGCGCCGCCUUCUGAAGGAGAGACAAAGAAGAUGAAUUUCUUCCAGGCCUUGACAGAUGCUAUGGAUAUCGCUCUUGACACAGACCCCACUACUGUGAUUUUUGGAGAGGAUGUAGCAUUUGGUGGAGUGUUCAGAUGUACUGUUGGGCUUAGAGAAAAAUAUGGUAAAGACAGAGUCUUCAAUACCCCUCUCAGUGAACAAGGAAUUGUGGGGUUUGGUAUUGGAGUUGCUGCUGCUGGUUCGACAGCAAUCGCUGAAAUUCAGUUUGCGGACUACAUCUUUCCUGCUUUUGAUCAGCUUGUCAAUGAGGCCGCCAAGUUCAGAUACAGAUCUGGUAACCUGUUUGACUGUGGUGGCCUGACUGUACGGGCUCCCUGUGGUGCAGUGGGGCAUGGUGCCCAUUACCACUCCCAGUCUGUUGAGAGCUUCUUUGCACAUGUCCCCGGAGUCAAGGUUGUAAUCCCGCGGAGUCCUAUACAAGCAAAGGGUCUAUUGCUUGCAUCUGUUAGGGACCCUAACCCUGUUGUAUUUUUUGAGCCAAAGAUCCUCUACAGACAAGCAGUGGAGGAUGUUCCAGUAAAGGACUACUCCUUGCCCUUGUCUGAGGCAGAAGUACUUGAAAAAGGUUCUGAUCUGACACUAGUAGGGUGGGGCACCCAGAUACAUGUCCUUAGGGAGGUGUCCAAGCUAGCCAAGGAGCAGUUGGGCGUUAGCUGUGAGCUUAUAGACCUGAGGACCAUUCUGCCCUGGGAUAAGGACACGGUCUGCCAGUCUGUAGAGAAGACGGGUCGUUUGCUGAUCGCUCAUGAGGCUUGUCACACUGGAGGCUUUGGAGGGGAGAUUGCUAGUACUGUGCAGGACCGCUGUUUCCUGUCCCUCGAGGCCCCCAUUCAAAGGGUGUGUGGAUGGGACACGCCCUUCCCGCACAUCCUUGAGCCCUUCUACCUCCCUGAUAAAUGGCGGUGCUUCGAGGCGGUCAAGAAGGUCAUCAGCUUUUAACGAUCGCAAAGUUAGGCUGCAAAUAAUUAUUUUAUAAAGGGGUAGAGUGAGAAAUUGUCUUAACGAGUCUCUUUCAGCCGCCAUUUUUCCGUGUGAUACCAAGUGCGAGAAAGCAUCCAUUUCCAUCGGCUGAUUAAAACACGCUAUUGCGAUAUUGUCAAAUGGAUUUGGUAAAGGACACAUUCAACUUUGUUUUUAGAUGGUUAUUUUGAGCUUGCGUCACAUGAUUUGUCUUCCAUUGUUAAAUGAAAACAAUAACAAAAGUGCGGCUGACAGGGAUUCUUUAAUUUGUCUUUAGGCCCUUUGGACUUCUCCCGAGCAUACAAUUUAAGGUAAAUCUCCUUUUCUCGAUACUUCAAUCAACAGACUUGUUGUUGAGUCUGUGAUUGAUUUGUCAAUGAAGAGUCAUCCUGCACUAGGUAGGCCUCAUUUCAAAUGGGCUUAACAUGCGACUACUACUCUGGGUAUUGUUUACUAUUGGUACGUCCUAUGUUUAUCAAAACCACUUCUGAUUUAUUUAUCUAUUUUUGAAAGACCAAUUAUUUCUUUUGAGGGGGAGCUGAAAUUCCGAAAAGAAUGCCUUUUUCCUGAGAAAGUAAGACUAUUACUUGGAUAAGGAUCAGUUAAUUAGAAAUUUUAACCUUCACUAUCCAGGUCAACAGAAGUAGUCGCUACUGUGCCAAUUCAAAACCAAAUCUUUCAAACCUUGUAUGGAUUCUAUAUACUGUAUUUUUUGUAUUAUGUAGCGAUAUACUAUUAUUAAGGAGAGAUAUACUUGUAAGAGCUGUCUAAAAUAUGAGAGAUUUCCUUGUAAAUAAAAUGGAAAUGGAUUCCAUA